UGCGCGAGACGGAGAGAAUCGCCCGCGAGCGGACAGUUGAGCGCACGAGGAAGGCGCGCGAGCGCACCUGAGGGGACGGAUGGUUUCCACUUUUAAUUUAAAAUCAAAGGACAAAAUCAGGACAAAAGUGUCGCCAUAACUUCAGCGUGAAGAAGUUCAGCCGAAGAGCGGAACAAAGUCAGCACGAGGUAUCGAGCUCAAGACAUGCAGCACUACGGGGUGAACGGCUACUCGCUGCACGCCAUGAACUCCCUGAGCGCCAUGUACAACCUGCACCAGCAGGCUGCGCAGCAGGCGCAACACGCACCGGACUACCGGCCCUCCGUGCACGCGCUCACACUAGCAGAGAGAUUAGCUGACAUCAUUCUGGAGGCUCGCUACGGCUCUCAGCACCGCAAACAGCGCCGCAGCCGCACGGCCUUCACCGCCCAGCAGCUAGAGGCUCUGGAGAAGACUUUCCAAAAGACCCACUAUCCAGAUGUGGUGAUGAGGGAACGGCUGGCCAUGUGCACCAACCUGCCUGAGGCCCGUGUGCAGGUUUGGUUCAAGAACCGCAGGGCAAAGUUCCGUAAGAAGCAGCGCAGCCUCCAAAAGGAGCAGCUGCAGAAGCAGAAGGAGGUGUCAGGGGAAGCAGGAGGUGAGAAAGAGGACGGACCUCCCUCCACCACUGUCCUUCUUGACACCCAAGUGCCUCCUUGCUCUUCCUCCUCCUCCUCUUCUUCUGUGGAGACAGAAGGUCCUGUGGUCCGUGCUGUCCCACUGGACAUGGAGCUGAACGUAACGUCAGCAGAACAUUCUGGCAGUGAAUCUGCAACAGAGGACAACGCCACUGAUAAGGAGGAGGAGAAACCUCAGAGGGAAGAGACAAAGUGUGAGAGGCCAAUGACACCAGGGGAUGCCUCCCCAGUUUGUAAAAGACUCAGCCCCAAGCCUGACUCCCCUCUGGUCUCUCCCUCAGUCACGCCCUCCUCUUCCAGCAGCGGUCUGCAGGCCGGCCCCCUCUCUCAGACCCACUCGUACUCCUCAUCUCCUCUUAGCCUGUUUCGUCUGCAGGAACAGUUCCGGCAGCAUAUGGCCGCCACCAACAACCUGGUGCACUACCCCGCCUUUGACCUCACCGCCCCGUCUUCACUCCCCUACCUGGGAAUGAACGUUAACAUGCCUCCGGCGCCGCUGGGCUCUCUGCCCUGUCAGUCUUACUACCAAUCCCUGUCUCAUCACGCCCAGCAGGUGUGGAACAGCCCGCUGCUCCAGGCGUCCACCGCAGGAGGUCUCACCACUCACAACAGCAAGACCACCAGCAUCGAGAACCUGCGUCUGAGGGCCAAACAGCACGCCGCCUCGCUGGGACUGGACACAAUGUCUAACUGAGCUCUUCCUCCAAUCGGCAUCAUGGGUCCCACACACACAUUGGACCUUGAACACCCCAUAAAACAGCUUUGUGAGACAGACCAGCUCGUCCCCUUCUUCAUCUCCCCUUCGCCUCUGCUGCAGCCGAAAUAACCUCCGCGGGAUGGCGAGCAAGACUCCAGUUCAACAGACCCUGAGAACAUUCUCGACAUUUCCAACACAACUCUUAAAUCUCUGAAAAAUUAAGAACAAAGCAUCACUAAAAAUGUUAUAUGUAGCUGAAGAUGGAAGCACUCACUGUACAAAACAAUGCAAACAAUGUUUACAAGAAUAAUGUGAAUUAACUAGGCACUUUCAGAUGAAUUAAAGAGACCAUUUCUAUUUCAGUAAAGCAUAUGUACAUAUCAUGUACCGCAUAACCGCGCAUAAAUAAAGUGAAGCUGUGUUCUCCUCAGCAGCAUAAUUAAAAGUAACUAAUUUACCAGUUUAAUGGCCAGUAAUACACCACUUUAUACAGAGGCUGGCUUGAUAAUGAGAAAAUGAUUUCAGUGACUAAAUUUGAAAAGGUUUUAAUUACAUUUUGCCCCGGGCAGAGGGAGCUGGGGUACAUGCAAUUGCGAACAUGCAUACCAUUUAAGACAUGCUUUUUCAAUACAAAAAGAACAUUAAAGCCAAUUAAAGGUGUAGUCUCUUUCAAUUUUUCACAAUAUUGAUCAUUUAGGUCAUGUUGAAAUCUAGUUAUUACAAAGUACCUUUAUGGUGUAUUGCAAAAUUACAGCUAAUUUUAUUGCUGAUGAAGGGGGGAUUUGUUGGCUAAUGUAGUGAUUUUGCUUACUAUGCAAUUACAAAAAAUACAUCUAAUGAGCUGAUGAUAAAACAUUCCUCUCC